CGGUCCCACAACGCGGGUCGACUCGCGAGAAUACGGUCACUGACAUGAAUGACGUAAAACGUAUGCGACCGUGUGCGGCUCGGCCAGUAAGCAACUUCAUUACGACGCUUCUAAUUUAAGAAGGACAUGCCGCCUGAAGAAAGGAUGUGGUGGCAGUAGGUGUGCUUCCAGCCCUAUUGGAUGAGUAGAAUACAGGAUGCCUUACCACUGUGUGGCGUACGGAUGUGGCAAAACUGCUGAAAACAAUGUGACACUUUUUAGAUUCCCCAAAGACCCAGAGGAGUUUCGCAAAUGGGAGAAGCAGGUUCAGCGUACUCGCAGCGACUGGUUCGCCUCACCCAACUGUCACCUCUGCAGCGACCAUUUUGGUAAAGACUACUUUGAGUCCAUAUCACCCUUAGGGGUUCCAAAGCUGCGAACUGGGGCAGUCCCCACUGUGUUUGUCCGCCCACACUGCUCUUCCUGCAAUGGCACUGGCUGUAAUAACUGUUUUCCUGCUAUCAAACACCGGAGCAUUGAUGCAGAACCGAAAGAGUGUAAUAUUAUAACACAUUCUCAGACAACGAAUAAUGAAAUAGCACCAUCAUGGUCACAUAGUACAGAUAGAGCAAGUGGUGAGGAACAUCAGACAGGACAACCUGAGGAGCAGUCUAAAGUUGAAAAAACAGUGGUGUGCGAGACAUGUGGCGCAACUGGCAGCAGUAGCAGCUUUUACUCAAAAAGCAAGCGUUUCUGUAGCGCAUUGUGCGCACGUUCCUAUUCCUCCCACUUAAAGAAGUUGACCGCACGGGCUCGCCUGCAGGAAAAGCCUCUAACAAAAAAGACCAAAGUGUUGAGCAAAUUUACCAAAGCGCGCUCGACAGUAUUGGAUGCACCUGUUGCACUUUUUGAAUGGGGCGCCUACUUGGAGAAGGAAACAUCCUUGGGGGCAUCCGUUUCCUGCUUCAGACAUGCUCCCAUGUGUGCCCAGUGGGACGACAUCAGCGUCGGGAUGAAGGUAGAAGUCUUAAACACCAAUGCAGUCCUGCCCACUAAAGUUUACUGGAUCGCUACAGUCAUUCAAAUUGCAGGAUACAAAGCCUUGUUGCGGUACGAGGGCUUUGAGCAUGACAGCAGCCGCGAUUUCUGGUGUAGCCUCGUUUCGGGCGAGGUGCACCCCAUCGGGUGGUGUGCCAUGACUGGCAAGCUUCUGGUGCCUCCGCAAGAUGUGGCCAACAUCCCUGACUGGAAAGAGUAUCUGAUGAAAAAGUUGGUGGGGGCCCACACUCUGCCUGUUGAGUUCUACCUGAAGCUGAACGAGAGCCUGAAGCAGCAGUCCUUCAGAGUGGGCAUGCGCGUGGAGGUGGUCGACCCCAAACACGUCAGCCGGACACGCAAGGCCGUCAUAGAAUCCAUUACUGGAGGGCGCCUGCGGCUGUUAUACAUGGACCAGAGCGAUUCCCCUGAAAAUGUCAUUGCAGAUUUCUGGUGCCACCUGUCUAGUCCUCUCUUGCACCCGACUGGUUGGUCCAAAAGUGUGGGUCACGACAUCAAGACACCCAGUGUGGUAUCUCCAGGUGCUGGUUUGAAGGGCACUUGCGACAGUACAGACAACCUCUUUAAAAGGCCCAGAUUUGUCUACAUGGAUGGAGGUUUCUUUGAGGAGGGAAUGAAGCUCGAGGCCAUUGACCCUCUAAACCUGGGUAGCAUCUGCGUGGCAACUGUACACAAGGUACUGACAGACGGCUACCUAAUGGUCGGCAUCGACGGCGCAGCAUCACUCAAUGGCGCUGACAGGUUCUGUUACCACGCCUCCUCUCAUGCCAUCCUACCCAGAGGCUUCUGCAAAAAGAACAACAUCAAUCUCACUGUGCCACAAGGUUUUGAUCCCAAAACCUUCACCUGGGAAAAUUACCUGAAGGAGACAAAUUCAAAAGCUGCACCACCACAACUAUUCAACACUGACUAUCCAGGUCAUGGCUUCUCCCCCAACGUCAAACUCGAAGCAGUGGACCUGAUGGAGCCGCGGCUGGUGUGCGUGGCCACGGUGAAGCGUUGCGUGGGACGCCUGCUCCUCAUCCACUUCGACGGCUGGGACGAUGACUUUGACCAGUGGGUCAACCACGAGUCCCCCGACAUUUAUCCCAUUGGAUGGUGUGAGCUCACCCACUACCAGCUCCAGCCGCCUCCUGGACUUGUAGUGGAAAACUAUGCAGUACAGGUCAAGAAACCAAAGAUGCCUUUGUUUAGGAACAAAAGACGGAAGAGGAAGAAGCGCUUGCACCCUCAACAUCAAGCAAAAGAGGAAGACGGUAAUGACGACGACUACAAUGGCGAUCGACAACCGCCUUCGAGCAAAGCGACCGUCCAACCUCCAUUACCGGAAAACACAACUUCUCCUCCGGACGUGCCCCUUGUUCAACUCAAAGGCGAACCAGAGGAGCAGGAGAUCACUGCAGUGGAAGUGAAAGUGGAGGAGGUGGAGAUGGAGACUCCUAUCUCGAGUCAAGUGCCAACAUAACGCUUCAGGAAGCCUAGCAGAGGAAUUGUGGAACACGAGGUCAAGCCUGGUGAUUUUACUUUAUUAUUUUUUUAACCUUUGUACAGAAGAAAUCAUGUUUUUAAGCAGAGACCCAGAUGUGUAGACAUAAGGGAACUGGAGACGGCAGGCUGGGAUGGAAUGCAAAAAAAAACAACUCUAAAAUAAUGAGAGCUGAGAAAGAUGACAUUUCUAGUGAUUUAGUUAUUUCUAAACAAUAAAAAGUUAUUCAUCACAUGCUCAUUUACCUAUUCGAAAUCAUGAAUGUAUAUAAUGUACAGUGUGUAGAAAAACUACCUUUUUCUCACGCAACAAACAUUCAUUUUGUGUAGCUGUGGUUGCAUUUGAAAUAUUUAUAUCUUUUCAUUGUGGGCCUGUCAAAUCAUGUGAUUAGUGUCAUCAUAGGUUCUGUACACUGACAGGACUAAACAUAUUUGAACAUUUUAUUUUUUGAGCUAAAAAUAUCUUACUUUUUUUUUUACAAUUUAAAGUCCCUGUAAAGUGCGAAUACAUGUCUUUGUAAUUUGACACACCAGCACGAGGCCCCGGUCCACUCGCUGGCUGUCAAGUCAAGUUUUUUUUUUUCUUCCCCCUUCUUGCUAUUCUGCCUUUCUCUACAUUACAUGCAUGCACUCACAACCGACAACGAGGCGCUCCAGCAGACUACACAUCCAUCCUUCCGUACCGCUUAUCCUCACUAGGGUCGGAGGCGUGCUGGCACCUAUCUCGGCUAAUUCUGGGCGAAAGGCGGGGUACAGCCUGAAUUGGUCAAUAUCAGCCUUCAAAAUCAGUCAUGCUGGCCGACUAACUAUAUUGUAUUAACCAUGAGUUGAGAUUUGCCUCAGAGGGCAGUAACGUCAGCAUUUUACCAUCCUCUGAUUGGUUGGUCAUAACAUGUAACAGUCGUUUGGGUAAUGUAGUUCUCUUACUGUGUGUCGCCUGGAAGCGAUGUCGUCAGGCAGCACCUUUGUAUAGCUUCCAACCAGAUAGAGACAUGGACGCACUUGAUGCAGUGCCUCUUUUCUUUUGUCACGCAACUUACCGUAUUUUCACGACCACAAGGCGCACCGUAUUAAAAGGCACAGUCGCAGUUACGGGGUCUAUUUCCGUAUUUAACACAUACAUAAGGCGCACCGUAUUAUUGGGUGCAGGCAUGGUAAAACAUACGCUAGCUUAAAACAUACGGUAGCAUGCAUGCACGCUAAAACAAUGUUUUUAAAAAGGCAGCGGGAGCAAAACUGAGUUCGGUUGUACUUUAUUGAAGUAUUUAACAAUGUACUCACGUUAUUUUUUGAUUAAUCCUCAUCCACAAAUCCAUCAAAGUCCUCAUCUUCUGUAUCCAAAAUGAACAGCUGGGCAAGUUCUCAAUCAAACAUGCCAGGUUCCCUCUCGUCAUUGUCGGAGUCGGUCUCGCUGCCGUGCGGCUCCUCAGAAAUGAUGCCGACUUUUACGAAAGCUCGAACAACAGUGGAAGCAGACACAUUAGCCCAAGCAUCCACAAUGCAUUCACAAAUUGUGGCGUAACUCGCCCGGCGCUGCCUCCUAGUCUUAGUUAAGUUGUGUUCGCCACCUGUCAUCCAUCGCUCCCUCGCCGCUCGCAACUUCACAUUGAACGCCCUGUUUACACCGAUGUCCAGCGGUUGGAGUUCCUUCGUCAAGCCUCCCGGAAUGAUGGCAAGCUCCGAGUUAUUGCACUCAGUCGAAUGGUGCCUAUAGAGACGCUUCUCCCGGCUGUUCUUUGCUCAUUAAUCCAAACAAGGCGAGGUGGCUCGAGUUGGAAGACCAACUCGGGCCACCUCGGCUUGUUUCCGCGGAAACUCACCUUCGUCUUCUUGACUUGCCGAAGCUCAUUUUCCUGCUUCCUCCACUUGCGAACCACGGAUUUGUUGAUCUUGAAUUCUCUCGCCUUUAGCGUCCUCUGUCACGCGCACCCUUCCCCCUUUAACGUCCGCAUGCUGUCCUCAGUCACGUCCGCCUUCCUCUAUAUAAGCGACUUGUCGGCAGGAAAUGCUCCCACUCAGUCAACCGGAGCGCUCAUCACACAACAACUUUUAUAGAUUUUGGAACUCGGUGCACACAUAAGGCGCCCCGUCCAUUUUGGAGAAAAUUUAAGAUUUUUAAGUGCACCUUAACGGCACGGUAGCCGACUGGUUAGCACAUCUCCCUCACAGUUCUGGGGACCGGGGUUCAAAUCCCGGUCCCGCCUGUGUGGAGUUUGCAUGUUCUCCCCGUUUCCUCCCACAUCCCAAAAACAUGCGUGCUAGGUUGAUUGAAGACUCUAAAUUGCCCGUAGGUGUGAAGGUGAGUGCGAAUGGUUGUUUGUCUCUAUGUGCCCUGCGAUUGGCUGGCGACCGGUUCAGGAUGUACCCGCCUCCCGCCCGAAGAUAGCUGGGACAGGCUCCAGCAGCCCGCGACCCUAGUGAGGAGAAGCGGUAAAGAAAAUGGAUGGAUGGAUGGAAGUGCGCCUUAUGGUCAUGAAAAUACGCUACCUGGUAACGUGAGGUCUCCUUUUUUGGUUUCAUGUAAGAACAAAUAGUUAAUGCACAACCAGACUUAAUAAAAUGUGGCUUGAAUAAACAAAGAGCAUUUGUCAUAUACAGUACCAGCA